AUGUCACCACGGGUUCCCGCCGCCGAGGAGGCCGAACAUUCUGAAGACCUCCCUGAAGCGUCUGCAGAUCAACCCAGCCAACUGGGAAGACCUCACCGAGAACGACCAACCUUGAGGAGGACAGUGAAGGCAGGCGUUGCGGUCUACGAAGCCAGCCGCAUAGCCGCCGCGAUAGCCAAACGAGGAGUCCGCAAACUUCGGCUGCGUCCACUUCGCAACGCCAAAGUCCAAUCGCCCCCAACGUGCCCACGGUGUCAGCGGACAUUCCGGACGCCAAUUGAACUUGCUGGAUACCUUCGGGCCAACCGCAGCACUCGGACUGUACCAACCGUCGUCUCUCCGUCCACCUAUCUCUCGCCUUCUACGCCGUCAACUAACUCUGACCGCCCUCCCGAACCAGCACUUCCAUCUUGCUCCUCCUCCACUGCCUUAACGUCUGCCGCUGUGACAUCUGCCACGCACAUCAACGUUACGCACAAUCCUGACAAACCAACAACCACCAACACCACAAUCGCUGACAUGAGGGGUGAGGACCUGGACUACACCUGCUCUCAAUGCGACCGCACUUCCACCUCACACAUCGACCUGGUAGGCCACUUUCGAAUCCAUCGCGCAGAGACUGGCGAACCAGUGCCCGGAGUACCAACCUACACCCGCCGCAUUCGUUCCCACUGUUCACACUGUCCUCGCACAUGCAUGCACCACAUGGGCCUAUUCGGUCACAUGCGAACCUACGAGAGUGGAAUCUCGACACACCUAGCACAUCCAGCACACCUACCAUGCCCAGCCCCACUCUCACUCCGCCACCCUGCGCGCCCACCGCCACCAGCUCCAUAA